GGACAGAGAGGAGGGGGGUGCGAGCGGGAGGGGCAGCACCUGAGGAAUCCGCCUCUGGCCGCAGCGGCGCCUCGCUCCGCCCCCGGGAACUGAGCGCUCAGCCCGCCCUGCCGCAGAGACGCCAGCCACCCGCGGCGUUAGCACCUCGGAGCGGAGCGCAGCGCCGAGCCGCCCCUGGCUGCGGGAGACCACCCGGGCCCUCUGCCCUUGCUCCCGCUGGGGCCAGGUGCAAAGGACCCUGAAGAACAUUGUGAUUUCAGACAAGCUCCCUGAGAUGUUGACUGCCUAGCUUAACCGUGAACAUGAUUCAAAAAUGUUAAUGUAUGAACCAAGACCAUGGGGAACUCAUAUGCUGGGCAGCUGAAAUCUGCUAGAUUUGAGGAAGCUCUACACAACUCCAUAGAAGCCUCGCUCAGAUGUAGUAGUGUAGUCCCACGGCCAAUCUUCUCCCAGCUUUACUUGGACCCGGAUCAGCACCCUUUCUCGUCUGCAGAUGUCAAACCCAAGGUGGAGGACCUAGAUAAAGAUCUAGUGCACCACUACACGCAAAAUGGCAGCCUGGAUUUUUCUAAUAAUGUAGCAGUUGCUGAAAUGGAAGAUGACGAAGAUGAAGAAGAAAUGUCUGACUCAAACAGUCCGCCAAUCCCCUAUUCACAAAAACCUGCCCCAGAAGGGUCUUGCACUACAGAUGGGUUUUGUCAAGCGGGAAAGGAUUUGCGUUUGGUGUCACUGUGUAUGGAACAAAUUGACAUUCCAGCGGGGUUCCUCCUGGUGGGGGCCAAGUCUCCCAAUCUUCCUGAACAUAUCCUAGUUUGUGCUGUGGACAAGCGAUUUCUACCAGAUGACCAUGGGAAAAAUGCACUUUUAGGGUUUUCUGGAAACUGUAUUGGUUGUGGAGAAAGAGGAUUUCGAUAUUUCACGGAAUUUUCCAACCACAUUAACUUGAAGCUCACCACCCAGCCAAAGAAGCAGAAGCACUUGAAGUACUACCUCGUCAGAACCUCCCAGGGUGUGUUAUCAAAGGGGCCGCUCAUCUGCUGGAAAGAAUGUAGAAGCCGACAAUCCUCUGCUGUUUGCCAUUCCGCUAAACCUAUUCCCUCAGUGUCAUCAACUGUGGCUCCAGAAAAUGUAGCAGCUAACGGAUACAAAGCGGGCUUCACUCCGACAGAUUCGCCGGCUCUCAGUCCAGCUAGCUCUUCAAUCAACCUAAGUGGCGCUCAGGACCUGACCUGGAAUAAGAGUGCCAUGAAGCCACUGCCUUUAUCUUUGCAGGUUGUAGGAAAGACGUUUGUUCCAGAAGCAGCAAAUGGGACCAGUGGCCAUGGAGGGAAGAGUAGUGCAUCCAGUUCUACUCCAUCCCGCCCUGGGAACUACACUUUGUCACCAAGGCCUAGCUAUACAUCCAUAGACCAAGCUAACAUGUUCAUCUCUGGCCCACCUAAGAAGCGACACCGGGGAUGGCAUCCUGGGUCACCCGUCUCCCAGCCUUCUCUAGUUGUACCUGUUCCCACAGUCCGUCCUCUUUCAAGAACUGAGCCCCUUUUAUCUACCCCAGUUCCACAGACCCCCUUAACUGGAAUUCUCCAGCCUCGGCCUGUCCCUGCAGGGGAAACAGUGAUUGUUCCUGAAAACCUGCUGAGUAACUCAGGAGUUAGACCAGUGAUCCUGAUAGGCUAUGGAACUUUACCCUAUUUCUAUGGAAAUGUUGGUGACAUUGUUGUGAGUCCUCUGCUGGUGAAUUGCUACAAGAUUCCACAGUUGGAAAACAAAGAUCUGGAGCAAUUAGGGUUGGCUAGUACCCAGCUCCUGAGUGUGGAGAACAUGAUCCUUCUGACCAUACAGUAUCUUGUGCGGUUAGGUCAUGAGCAGAUGCCUCUCAGGGAAGAAUUUGAGCAAAUCAUGCUGAAAGCAAUGCAAGAAUUCACUGUGAGAGAGCGGGUCCUGCAGAUGGGUCCACACGGUGCACACGUGUUGCCGGGGCAGCUCCCCUGGCUCGCUAGACUAGCCGCCAGCGUGUCUCAAGACAUGGUUCAUGUUAUUGUGACCCAAAACUCUCUGGCGGAGGGCAUUUCGGAGACACUGAGGCUUCUCAGUGAAAUCAAACACUACCAGAGGCUGCCGGAUUAUGUGGUAGCAAUUUGUGCAUCGAAAAUCAGAGGGAAUGAAUUUUGUGUGGUGGUAUUAGGGCAACGUCAAUCCCGGGCUCUGGCAGAGAGCAUGCUUACCACAAGUGAGUUUUUGAAAGAAAUCAGUUAUGAGCUCAUCACAGGAAAGGUCAGUUUCCUGGCAUCGCAUUUCAAAACCACCUCAUUAGGUGAUGACUUGGACAAGCUGCUAGAAAAAAUACAACAAAGGAGAGGAGACAGCGUGGUCACCCCUUUCAAUGGUGACCUUAACGAGUGUGUGUCACCUCAGGAGGCUGCUGCUAUGAUCCCCACACAAAACCUGGAUGUAGAUAACGAAACCUUCCAAAUUUAUCAACCACAGCUCACAGUUGCCAGAAGACUCUUGUCCCAGGUGUGUGCAAUCGCGGACAGUGGCAGCCAGAGCCUGGACCUCGGCCACUUUAGCAAAGUGGACUUCAUCAUCAUCGUCCCACGGUCAGAGGUUCUGGUCCAGCAAACUCUCCAACGAGUUCGACAAUCAGGUGUCCUUGUAGACCUGGGUCUGGAGGAAAAUGGGAUGGCUCAUCAGAGAGCAGAGAAAUACGUUGUUCGCCUGGACAAUGACAUUCAAAGCAAGUUUGAAGUUUUUAUGAGAAGGGUGAAACAGAAUCCGUACACACUGUUUGUGCUAGUUCAUGACAACUCCCAUGUGGAGCUAACGAGUGUGGUUUCAGGCUCCCUGUCGCAUGGUGAGCCAACUCACGGGUUAGCUGAUCGAGUCAUCAACUGCAGAGAAGUUCUGGAAGCUUUCAACCUCCUGGUGCUCCAGGUGAGCUCCUCCCCCUACACACUGCAGACCCAGCAGUCCCGGAUCAGCUCCAGCAAUGAGGUCCACUGGGUACAGCCAGACACAACGGAGGAUGUGGGCUGCGAGAAGCUAUACUUUGGCUUGAAUGAGUACAGCAAAUCCUUGCAGUGGGGGAUCACCAGCCCACUCCUGAGAUGCGAUGAGACCUUCGAGAAGAUGGUGAGCACGCUCUUGGAGAGGUACCCCAGGCUGCAUAGCAUGGUCGUACGCUGCUAUCUUCUCAUCCAGCAAUACUCGGAGGCCCUGAUGGCUCUCACCACCAUGGCGUCACUCCGAGAGCACAGCACACCAGAAACGCUCAGCAUUAUGGACGACCUUCUCAGCUGCCCAGGAAAAAACAAAAGUGGGAAGGGACACAUGCUCAUCAUCAGAGUGCCCUCCGUGCAGCUGGCGAUGCUGGCCAAGGAGCGGCUGCAGGAGGUGCGCGACAAGCUGGGCCUGCAGUAUCGCUUUGAGAUCAUCCUGGGGAGCCCGGCCUCUGAACUCCAUGUUGCAACUCACUUUGUGACACGAUUAAAGAUCUGGAGAGGAAUUAAUCAGGAAGCAUGGACCCCUCAAACAUAUCAAGACUUGGAGGGGCUGCCCUGCAUAGUGAUAAUAACCGGCAAGGACCCUCUUGGAGAAACCUUUCCCAGGUCCUUAAAGUACUGCGACUUGCGAUUAAUCGACUCAAGCUACUUAACUCGCACGGCCUUGGAGCAGGAGGUGGGUCUGGCAUGCUGCUAUGUCUCAAAAGAGGUCCUCCGGGGGCCUGCCGCUGCCCUAGACCUCAGUGGGAAGGUGGCAGAGAAGGCCCCCACCAGUGAGAAUGACCCCGAGGAGCUGCUCAUCGAUUUGGAGCGACCGCAGAGCAACAGCAGCGCUGUCACAGGGACCUCAGGUUCCAUCAUGGAGAACGGGGUGAGUUCCUCUUGCACCGCCGACAAACCCCAGCAGCAGCCUCUGACCCCCACCUUCCAGAGCCCCGCCCCCAGCGUGCGGCUGGAUGAAGGAGUCUCCGCCAGCACCGGCACCGCUGCUGCUGCGGCCGGGGAGAGCCUGAAGCAGGAGUGUGACUCCUUGAGCAUUCCCAUGGCCAGCAGCGUCGCCUCCAAGCCUUCUUCGUCCUCCUCCUCGAGUGCCCAGGCUCUCGCGUGGUCAGGGCAGCCCCCCGGAGGCUGCAGGAGCCUGCGCACAGCCCUCCCCCCAGUGGUAAUCUUAUCCAAAGCGGCUUACAGCCUGCUAGGAUCCCAGAAGGGAGGCCGGCUGCCACCCUCCUCCUCCCUGCUACCCCACGCUGACGUUGCCUGGGUGAGCUCCCUGCGGCCGAGCCUGCACAAGGGCAUGAGCAGCGAGGAGCAGUCCCUGUACUACCGCCAGUGGACCUCGGCCAGGCAGCACCAUGCUGACUACAGCAACCAGCCAGACCCCGCCUCAGGCGCCCGGUUCUUGCACCCCAGGCGGCUGCUGCUCACUGGGCCCCCCCAGGUGGGGAAGACUGCCUCCUAUUUGCAGUUCCUUAGGAUUCUCUUCCGCAUGCUCAUCCGGCUGCUGGAGGUGGACGUGUAUGACGAGGAGGAGAUAAACACAGAUUACAAUGAAACCAGUGGAGCGAGCCAGUCAGAGGGCGAUCCCUGGCCUGACAUUGAGACUUUCAGCAAAAUGCCUUUCGACAUCAGCGUGCACGAUCCCAAGUACAGGGUGAUGAGCCUGGUCUACAAUGAGAAGCUGGCUGGGGUCAAACAAGAAGUCAUGCAGGAGCGCAGCGCUGAGGAGCCCGGGAAACGAGGGACCGUGUCUAUGAUGCUGACGAAGUAUGCAGCCUACAACACCUUUCACCACUGUGAGCAGUGCCACCAGUACAUGCUCUCCACGCCCGCCGUCCAGAUGUCUGACUCUACCCUGCAUGCGUUCACAUUUUCUUCUUCCAUGCUGGGGGAAGAGGUUCAGCUCUAUUUCAUCAUCCCCAAGUCCAAAGAGAGUCAUUUUGUCUUCAGCAAGCAGGGCAGACACCUGGAAAGCAUGCGGCUGCCGCUUAUUUCGGACAAGAAUCUAAAUGCAGUCAAGAGCCCUAUAUUCACUCCUUCCAGUGGUCGCCACGAGCACGGACUCCUAAACCUUUUCCAUGCCAUGGAGGGCAUCAGCCACCUUCACCUCCUGGUGGUCAAAGAAUAUGAGAUGCCACUGUACCGAAAGUACUGGCCCAACCACAUCAUGCUGGUGCUUCCGGGCAUGUUCAAUAACGCAGGCGUGGGUGCUGCUAGGUUCCUCAUUAAGGAGCUGUCAUACCACAAUCUAGAACUGGAGAGGAAUCGCCUGGAGGAGCUGGGAGUCAAACGGCAGUGUGUCUGGCCUUUCAUCGUUGUAAUGGACGACUCCUGUGUCCUGUGGAACAUCCACAGUGUUCAGGAGCAAACCAGCCAGCCCACAGAAGCAGGAAUUUCCAUCAAGAACGUGUCCUUGAAGACUGUCUUGCAGCAUAUUGAAGCCACACCGAAAAUUGUCCACUACGCAAUCCUUGGCAUACAGAAAUGGAACAGCAAGCUGACACCUCAAAGCCUAAAAGCUCCAUUCUCAAGAUGCCACGUGCAUGAUUUCAUUCUCCUCAACAUAGACCUCACUCAGAAUGUACAGUACGACUUCAACAGGUACUUCUGUGAAGAUGUCGACUUUAACCUGAGAACGAACAGCAGUGGCCUGCUCAUCUGCCGCUUCAACAGCUUCAGUCUCAUGAAGAAACGUGUUCAGGUCGGAGGGCAAAGGGACUUUAUCAUUAAACCAAAGAUCAUGGUUUCAGAGAGCUUAGCUCCCAUCUCGCCCCUUCAGUACGUCUGUGCUCCUGACAGUGAACACACGCUACUGGCAGCCCCUGCACAGUUCCUCCUGGAGAAGUUCCUGCAACACGCCUCAUAUAAACUCUUCCCCAAAGCCAUCCAUAACUUCAAGAGUCCUGUACUGGCCAUUGACUGCUACCUUAACAUUGGACAGGAGGUAGCCAUAUGCUACAUCAGCUCCAGACCCCACUCCGACAACGUCAUUUGUGAAGGGGUGUUUUUCAGUGGACUUCUCUUGUACCUCUGUGACUCUUUUGUAGGUGCUGAUCUUCUUAAGAAAUUCAAGUUUCUAAAAGGUGCUACCCUGUGUGUCAUCUGCCAAGACAGAAAUGCCUUACGGCAAACAAUCGUUCGCUUAGAGUUGGAAGAUGAGUGGCAGUUCCGCCUCCGGGAUGAGUUCCAAACUGCUAACAGCAAUGAUGACAAGCCUCUCUACUUUCUCACUGGACGCCAUAUAUGAGUUUUUGAAGAGACCA